UAGGGUUUCAGAGCCAGGGCGCCGGGUGCAGGUGGGGCAGCUACACUCGCCCGCAGCCCCCAGGACCCAGGAAAAAGGACAGGAGGUAAUUAAGGUCUGGUGAAACCAACCUAUAGAGACGCCCCCUUUUAGAGACGCGCUCUCCACCCCCCAUCAGAUAGGUUCCCCUCCAUCCUGACGAGGGUCCUCAGCCUCCUCCUCCAUAGCCCCAACCCUCGCUCCCGGCCCUCGCGGUCCGUCCUCCAGGCCCCCAGCUCCGCCGCCCCCGGAGGCCGGACUCUGCCCCCGCCCUGCCUUCCCCCUCCCCCCCGGGGGCGGUGGCCCGUGGCGGGCGCACUCAUUGGCUGCGGCGCGAGCGAGGGCCGGGGCUGGCAGCGCUGAUUGGCCGGCGCGGCUCGGCGGAGCCAGGAAACCCCGCGAGUCGCUGGGGGAAGUGGGGCAGAGACUGGACGCACCCGGAGCUCAGAGCGCAGGAACCUCAAGUCGGAGCCCGGCAGAUCGGAGUCCGCAGACCGGAGCCCGGGCGUGGAGGGCGGAAGCGUGUGAAGGGGGCCUCUGUUCCUGGAGGAGAGGACCAUGGCCUUCAUGUUGCUCAGCCGGCGGCUGGCCUGCACCUUUCAGCACAACUACUGCCUGCUCGCACCCAGCUCCAGACACAUCAGUCAGGCCGCAGCCAAAGUUGACGUCGAAUUUGAUUAUGAUGGGCCCCUGAUGAAGACUGAAGUCCCAGGGCCUAGAUCUCGGGAGUUAAUGAAACAGCUGAAUAUAAUUCAGAAUGCAGAGGCGGUGCACUUUUUCUGCAAUUAUGAAGAGAGCCGAGGCAAUUACCUGGUCGAUGUGGAUGGCAACCGGAUGUUGGACCUUUACUCCCAGAUUUCCUCUGUCCCCAUAGGCUACAGCCACCCUGCUCUCCUGAAGCUGAUCCAACAGCCUCAAAAUGCGAGUACGUUCAUCAACAGACCUGCCCUUGGAAUCCUUCCUCCGGAGAACUUCGUGGAGAAGCUUCAGGAGUCCUUGCUCUCGGUGGCUCCCAAAGGGAUGUCCCAGCUCAUCACCAUGUCCUGCGGCUCGUGCUCCAACGAAAAUGCCUUUAAGACAAUCUUCAUGUGGUACCGGAGCAAGGAAAGGGGUCAAACGGGUUUCUCCAAAGAGGAGCUGGAGACGUGCAUGAUCAACCAGGCCCCCGGCUGCCCCGAGUACAGCAUCCUCUCCUUCAUGGGCGCGUUCCACGGGAGGACCAUGGGUAAGGAGGGACCAGUGCGAUCCCCCAGUGGCACAGCAGCGGCUACAACCCCUUCCCAUACGCNCGAUGCUGCCCUACUAGGGCUUCCGCCAACCACUGUUACUUGCCCCCUGGGAUUGCAGGUGGAGGAUCUGAUUGUGAAAUAUCGGAAAAAGAAAAAGACGGUGGCCGGGAUCAUCGUGGAGCCCAUCCAGUCUGAGGGUGGAGACAACCACGCGUCCGACGACUUCUUCCGGAAACUGAGAGACAUCUCCAGGAAGCAUGGCUGUGCUUUCUUGGUGGACGAGGUCCAGACGGGAGGAGGCUGUACUGGCAAGUUCUGGGCCCACGAGCACUGGGGUUUGGCCGACCCUGCGGACGUGAUGACCUUCAGCAAGAAGAUGAUGACCGGGGGCUUCUUCCACAAGGAGGAGUUCAGGCCCAAUGCUCCGUACCGGAUCUUUAACACCUGGCUGGGGGACCCAUCCAAGAACCUGCUGCUGGCCGAGGUCAUCAACAUCAUCAAGCGGGAGGACCUGCUGAACAACGCAACGCAUGCCGGGAAGGCCCUGCUGAUGGGGCUGCUGGACCUCCAGGCCCGGUACCCCCAGUUCAUCAGCAGAGUGAGAGGACGAGGCACCUUUUGCUCCUUCGACACUCCAGAUGAAACCAUACGGAAUAAACUCAUUUUAAUGGCCAGAAACAAAGGCGUGGUGUUGGGAGGCUGCGGGGACAAAUCCAUUCGGUUCCGCCCCACUCUGGUCUUCAGAGAUCACCACGCACACCUGUUCCUCAAUAUUUUCAGCGACAUCUUAGCUGACUUCAAGUAAAGAAGCCAUUUCCACUACGCUCUGAGAAAGCCCCGAUCUCAACUGUUGUCAAAUUGAUUAGUUUGCCUAAUUCAUGUUUUCACUUAAAGUAUCAGAGGCGAAUGCGUAAACUGAAGGGUUCUUUGUGGGGAGGGAUGUUUGUGGUGGCUUGGGGGGAGGGGACGGGCGGGAGGGGCUGGUUUUGAUUUUCCUCCCUGCAGAGCCAAUGACGCACAUGGGUCUAAGCCCAGAAAAUCUGCGUGAGCCCUGGACAUUGUCUUCGGCAGGGCCAUGAGGGUUCUGGCCAUAUAUGUGCCCACCUUGACCCCAACAGUUUCUUUGGAAGCCAGGCAAGGGAAUGACAGCUGCUCUCGGGAUUGGUGGCUGGGACUCCCGGGUUCCGGUCCCUCUCAAGUGCCAUAUUCUGAUGGAGGAUGCGGGCCGCCUUGCUCGAUGCAGACAGACACACUCUCCCCCUCCCGCCUGGCCCUGGAGCUCUGAGCAGGUCCCGUGCACAGUUCAGCAAAGGACAGGUCACUCAAAGGGAGGAUAAUAGGAACAUUAGGCUGGAGCUUGCAGUGUGGGAAGGGGUCCUGUGGCCUCCUGGCGACUAGGGCUGCUCCACUCAGUGCAUCUGGGGAUCCUCUAAACUGUGAAUUCUGUCCUUGACAGGGCUGGGCCUUGGAGAAUCUCUGGGUGGCAUCACCGGCACUUCUUACUUGCCACCCUCCAUUCCCCCAAGUCUGUCCCCUCUGUUAAAUGUCAUCCCAGUCCUCUGUGGGGGGGAAACGGCAGCCUGAGCAUUCACGGGGACACACAGGAGCCAAAAGGUCAGAAGCACAAGCCAGUCGCCCGGGAGCAGAAGCCCAGGGCCUGGGACAGCAGAGCCACCUCCUCCUGUUUCCCUGGGCAUCAGGGGUCUGACCCAGGACCCCUCGCCCCAGGGGCUCUUUCUCUAGCUUCUCAUCCGCCUCUGCUCCAGCACAGGGAACCAGUUGCUGAACUAGAUUCCUUCUUGAGGGAAGCACCACGAACUCAAGGCGCCAGAGUGGCAAGACGGCCUAAUAGUUCAAGGUGGUCUCCUUGUACUUGCCACUCCAGAUUAGAGAUUUUCCUGACAUAGAGGAGGUAGCUUACCAGGCAGAUGAGAGUUAAAUGCUUAGCUGGAUGGUGGCAGAGGCUAAGGGGCCUCUUCUGGAGGCGAGACAUUCUUGGAACCGAUCUGACUUCCGAUGCUCCUACAAAGAGCCUCUGGUUGUCCCGCAGCAGUGGACUGGCGUUUAGCGGGCAGACCCGGGAGGCCGGGCUGCAUGCCUGCCCCGAGGGAAGCGCUCGGCCUCCCGCUGGCUGCUCGGCUGUCUCGGGAGCCAGACACAGCAAGGUUUUCAGUUCAGCACUUGGCGCUUCUAAUAUCUAAUCAUCCAAAGACCUCAGACCGGUGGUGGUUUCUUUUUCUUUUCUGCUUCCUCAUGGUCCUCGACCUCUGUGUGUAGAGAAGGAAAGGCACUAGCAUGUUUCAUGUUUAACAGACGUGGCCAGAUGCAUGGAUUCUGGCACACACCGUAUCUGAGGUCUGUGCUCGCUGUUGCUUCUCAGAAGGACUUGUGUCGGUGUCAGUGUCAGGCUGUUUGCUCUGCCAGCUGAACGGAGGUGUCUGCCCCCCUCUCUGUGCAGGGUUCCACUCGUUCGUAUGUUCAUCUGUUUAUUCUCUCAUUCCUUCAUGGAACUUUCACUAAGUCCCUCCCCUGUCCCAGGCCCAGCACUAAGUAAGCACUAGGAAUACAACAUGGUCCCUGCUGCGAAGGGACUCACAUUGCAUCAGGGACAACACACUCUUCAACCAGCAAGCCGAGUGGCAAGUGCUGUGACAGGUGUAUGGGAACGUCAGGAAAUCAGAGGGCGUGCCAGGCAGACUCAGGAGAUUCUGGGGAGAAAGUAACACUAGAGCAGGGUUUGGUAGAAUGAGCAAGAGUUCUCCAAGCAGACAAGGCGAGGAGUGUCAAAGAAAAGGGGACAGCACGUUCAAAGCCACAUCAGUUCACAGUUCCACACCUUCCACUGGGGAUCCAGAUUCCACAGGCAAUAUCCCAAGAUUCAAGGCCUUAUUUAACAAAUAAGCCAGAUGCAAACCAAACCAUAAUUCAUUUAUUGGCAUAAGUGUGCUUUCUCUGGAGAAGUUUAGCAUUGGAUGCAAACAUUCGGUAAGGUUCCCAGAGUCCAAAAGGUUUUCAAGCCAGAACGCAACCAGAGACUCGACUCUCUUCGGUGGAGAGAGUGGCUAUAAAUAUUUUGUUCUCUCCCACGGGGCAAUCAUAGAGAAAUGAAAUCGUUUUACCUGGAAGGUCAUUUCCAGACUUAUUCACUCCUUACCAAGGGAAGCUACUUCUCGUGAAACUUUUUAAGCCAUUUAUCAACACGUUCUUGUUGGCUCAGGGCAUCACAUGAGUUCCUGAGGCAUCCUCUUUUGGGGGUGGGGGUAUAGCUGGAAGAAUUUCAAGGAAAAGACUCUCGGCAGGGCUCAAGAUUGUAGGGGAGAGGUGGGUAAAAACGGGGAGCCCAGCCGACAGGUGGCUGACGAGGGCGGGGCCCGCGGAGUGCUUCUGUGGCCGUCGGUCUGGGAAUGAAUCCAUCUCCCAUCAGUGCCAUAGACUUUAGUAACUAUCUCUAGCAAGUCUUGUCACUUUUACAGAAAACAAGGUCGUGUAAUAGCAAGUCUUAGCACAUCCUCACUUUUAUUAUAAAUGGGUGUUUUUUUAUAAUUUUUACUGACACUCAGUAACCAUGAAAAAUUGUGCACAUCGUUAAUAUAGCUGUAUCUCUAUACCUAUCUCUAUACCUAUCUCUAUACAGAUAUACACACACACA